AUGGAAGCCAAGGCUUCAGAGCUGCUCGCAGCUUUUAAAAACCCCAAUCUCUCCGUUGACGCCAAAGUCGCCCACCUCACUGGUAUCAAGUCUGAUAUCAAACAAAAAAAUGUACCCGAAGGCGCCAUUGCGACAAUAUUCGAGACAAUCAGGCUUGCAUUGACUUCGCAACACUACUCCGUUGCUAGUGGUGCCUUUUCUACUUUGGGCCACUUCUUGAAGCGUCUGGCAAUCCAAGACCAACAGCAGUGGAUUGUUUCACAGGCGCGCAACUUCUAUCCAAUUCUCACCGAGAAGCUUGGAGAUCAUAAGGAACGCAUCAGAGCCCAAUCUGCAUCAAUUUUCACCGAAUUGUGGCCCCUGGCUGGUCAGGAGGUUGAAUACUAUGUUCUCGAGAAUGCCCUGGUGGGCAAAAACCCCCGAGCCAAGGAAAUGAGUCUUCUUUGGCUAUCAAAUAUGACGAGAAACCAUGGCCUGCUAUUCCGCCAAUAUGUUCCAUCAAUAGUCGCAUGCUUGGAAAGUGCUGACAGUGCCGUUCGAGAUACGGCAAAGGUCGUUGUGAUCGACUUGUUCCGAACUGCUCCCUCCAGAGCCAAGUCCGAUUUACAAAAGCAGUUGGGUGCUCGUGGCGUCAGGAAAUCAAUUGCCAAUGCGAUCUUAUCGGGAAUUGGACUUGCCUCUGCCGAGCCCGAAAGCUCUGUCCGGCCCAUCUCUCGUGCUGAUCGUCCCAUCUCUGUGAUGUCGUCACGUUCACAUGCAGUAGACAUGCAUGAAGAUGAACCGGAGCCCACCCGAAGCCGACCAGCCUCAAGAAAUCACCACGAUCGACCCAUCGCUUCUACUUAUACUGAUGCACCCGCCAGACCGAAAACCCCCGCACCCGCUCCCGCAGAGCAACCGCCCCCUCAGACGUCCUCACAGGCAGAUGACGGAGUGGAGCCACUUCUCGUUAGCUCAAGUAGAGACAUCGAUGAGCUUGUCCGCGAUAUGCUCCCUUGGUUUGAAGGUCGAGAGUCCGAGGAUAACUGGUUGAAACGUGAAAAGAACGUAAUUCAUUUCCGAAGACUUACCCGGGGAAAUGCGCCCCACGAAUUCUCUCAAAGCUUUCUUCAGGCUACCAAAACUUUAUUGGAUGGAUUCUUCAAAGUAGUGAGCUCGUUGCGGACCACGCUUUGUACAAACGGAUGUCUCUUGAUCCAAGACAUCGCACGAACCUGCGGCCCCAAAAUCGAUCCUAUGGUUGAAAUCAUCAUGCAAAACCUGAUCAAGCUAUGCUCAGCCUUGAAAAAGAUCGCGGCACAGAACGGUAAUGCGACAGUCGACACGGUCAUCGGAUGUGUAACAUUCAACAUUCGGAUUUUGCAACAUAUUCAUUUUGCAUCACAAGACAAGAAUGUCGGAUUACGUCUCUUUGCCGCUGGAUGGUUGCGGACAUUGAUUAACCGACAGGCUCACCACAAGAGUACUCUUGAGCAUGGUGGUGGUUUGGAUUUAAUUGAAAAGUCCAUCAAGAAAGGAUUAGCUGAUGCCAAUCCCGGAGUACGUGAGGCCAGUAGAGGUACCUUUUGGACUUUCUUUGGCGUGUGGCCUGAUCGAGCCAAUGGGAUUAUGGAUGAUCUAGAUGCAAAAUCACGGGGUCUUUUGGAAAAGGACUCGUCGAACCCGAAUGCGACUCAGCUGGCGACUAAAUCUUCUAGCAAGCCGGCACCACGGUCUGCGCUCAAAGAAGCCAUUGCUGCUCGUAAGAAGGCUCAAGCUCAAAUGACUUCGCGACCGGAGUCUGCCCAGUCUGCAUUUGCUGACAGCCAGCCACCAGAGCCUGCUCCCCGACCGGCUGUAAGGACCGUUCCCACUGGUGCACCUCUUUCAUCCAUGUCAUCUGCACCUAUGAGGCCUGCUAUGAAACCCCGACGAGCUGAACUGAGUCGUCCUGCAACUGCCGACCCAUACGCUCGUCGUCCUGAUCCCAGCCGUCCUGAAUCCAGAACCCAGACGGCCAGACAGCCAACCAGCUCUCCUCGAUCAGUGCGAUCCAAAACAUCAACACCUUCUUCGAAACCCCUCAAUGCACCUCGUCUUCGUCCACACGAGUCUGGGCAGCCUGCACAGUCCGGACAGUCUAGUACCACCAGAGGCAAGCCUAAGAAGCUUGACCUUUCGAAAUCAAAGUCGCAUGGAGACCUGGCAGCAGCAGCAAGCCGUGGCCGCAGUGAUUCCAAUGAAAGCAUAGCGAAUCAGUCUUCCGGGCACAGCCGCCAAGCUGACCAAAAUGUAUAUGGAGAGCCGAAUUCCCCCGCGCAAAUUGUGCUAGAAAGCCCUCCGCUUUCUGCAACACACCCUCAACCCAACCAUAGCUUGCAUACGGGUUCUCGUCGUACUGCCACCCCAGAGCCAAAAAGAGCACCCCAGCCUGCACUAGCGCAAGAGCCAGCGUUAGAUGUAGAGUCCAUGUCACUUGAAGAUCCUCCGCCUGCGGUUUCCCCGCGCCAUCAACUGGAUAUUUCAACACCCUUGCGUAACGCAGACCCAUUUUACACUCCCGAGUCUGCUACCAAGGUACAGGCCGAUGAAAUGAUCAUAUAUGAGGACCCUGCCACUCCUGUUGCAGCCGAGACUGGGGUACCGCGGAUUGAUCCUGUUGAGCAUUUCACCCCUACCAAGUCACCUCGCCAUACUGUUGGAUCGGAUCUGGGUGACGAGACAGCUGCAGUCGCAGCCGUGGAAUCUACUACUCCUAUCAUAAACCCACCUCCUGGAAUGAUGCCCUACCAGGGCUUCUCUACUGAUGGCACAACCGAGCCCCAGUUUCCAUCCCCCGUGCGGAGGACGCCACUCAGGGGCAGCCCUUCGCCGUCUCGAAACCGAUCCCAGGCAACACCCUCUGAGAAUGCCCUUGGCAGAGACUCUAUCUUGACACAUGAGACUACCAUGGGUAGUCUUGAAAGGGCCCCUACCAAUGAAAAUGUCACUGAACAUGUUGCUAAGCCCACAGAAUAUCCUGGAACCCCGCGAUCUGCAGCAAAGCCUGGUGCCCUAGAGGAGGUACCAUUGAACGAAUCAGCCCUCAGGAGCUCAGAAAUGAGAUACAGAUCCGUCGAGCCCAUGGCCUCGUCGAUAAGCGAAGAAAGUCUCCGCCGAACUCGUAAAUGGGCCGAGCGCCAUCGCAGCCCAAGUCCUCGGUCGAAGGACCCUGCUAACGCAAGGGAGAUGCUCCCAAAAGCCGUUACCCGGAUCACCACCAAGACUAUGGAUAUCUCGGGCUACCGCAAGCUGCAAGGACUAUUCCAAUACCAUGGCGCUGAGCUUGUAUCUCACGAGCAAGACUAUUACGCAGUGCUUGAGGCUCUGCUCAAUGAGUUGGAACUGGCUCCAACCAGCCGUAAAGAUCAUGACGUGAAGACCCAAAUUCUGGCUACUAUCCGCUCCAUGCUCCUCCGCACGAGCGAGCUCUUCCAUCGAUAUGACGCUCCCGUCAUUGCGGCGAUUGUCCGAGCCCGCCAGCACUACGAGUCGAGCUCUCAUUUCGUGACCUGUUUGGAAGAAGUGGCGGAACAGCUUGCAUGUUUGGUCCCCAUUCCAAUUUGCAUCCACGGAUUGCUCCAAGGUCUGAACGGAGAGGGCGCCCUGAACGAGAACUCGUAUCGAUCAAUCAUUCUGGGUCUUUCUACGAUUCAUCAAGCACUAUCACAGGGGCCCGUCGAGAUUUCCGAUGAGGUCCUCGCCAGUGUCGGUGCUAUGGCUAGCCGACAACUUGACCACCCUUGGCCUGGUGUGCGCAAGCAGGCUACUGAGCUUGCCACGCUUCUGAGUCUUAAAUUCGGCCUGGAUCGAGUUCAAAAGGUUACACCACCUGCUGGAGCAGCAUCGCUGAACUUGCUUACAUACUUUAUGGCUCGUCGGUCGCAAUAA